ACUCGAAACAAUAGAUAUCGAAAUAAAUUAACACACAAAUGAAGCGCGAACGCGUUUUUUUCUAAUUAAUAUUUUUAAUUUUUUUUCUGUAUAAAAAUUAUUUUAAACAAAUGAUUUAUAAAAUAUAAAAAAAGAAAUAUUAAUAACUAAUUAAUUAUAUAAUAAAUAUAAAUUAAAAUAUAUAUUAUGAUUAAUUUAAAAUAAAUAAAAAAAAUAUAAUACUUAUUAAACACAGUCAAGUAGUUGGCAUUUAGAGAGAGAUUAUACACAUAGAAAAAGUAAAUAUUUAAAGUGAAAAACAAAAGAAAUAUUUUAAAUUAAGGCAGCAGCAGCAACAAAAUUUAAAAUAUUUAAAAUAUUUUAUAAAAAUAAAAACACUAAGAAAUGUUUAAAAUCUAAAUAAAACAGCCAAGUGAAAAAAAUACUACAACAAAAUUGAAAAUAAAAUUUUGUGAAAAAAAAACAACAAAAUAUGUUAAAAAUUUAAAUAAAAAAAAAAAAACAAAAUAAAAUUAAAUUUAUAAACAAAAAUAAAUUUGUUAAAUAACUUAAUGCCGAAACGAAAUUUAACGACGACAUCUAACAAAACAACAACAACAACAAACAAACGAUGAACAACAGCUACACACCCGCGCAUUUAACAAAUCUUAAAAUAACACCUCUCGUUAACAACAACUCCUCAAGCCGAACACAAUUCGAGACAACAAACACAAAUGAACCAUGUUCGAUCCAAAGUAGACUAGAAUCCUCUAACCAAUGCAGUACUCAGGAUCAAGAAGAGGAGGGAAAGGAGACGUCUACGAAAUAUCGGGAGGAGGUAGAAGAGGUGUAUACCAGUUACAAAACUAGUUGUAAUAAUAAAAAUAGCAAUAAUAAUGUUAAGAAAUCUAAAUCUGUAUAUACACAAAAUACCAGCGUUGCAAAUACAAAUAUGCCUUUGGACACGAUGACCAGGAGGAGGUCGUGGUGUUGGUGGGGCGGCUGUCUGCGACCAUCAACAGCGGCUUGUGUUACACUUUUAAUAUUAACAACGACAUGUUCCUUAUGUUCUGCCUCCCUAUGUGAAUCGCAAAGUUGGUGGGAUCCGUACAAGGAUAAAUGUAUACCCUGCACUGUGUGCCAGGGCGAUAUGAUACCAUUGAGGCCAUGUCAAAUGCAUCGAGACACUGUGUGUGGCUCAAUAUAUGAUUUGAAAAUUGAUUGGGUCGUUUUGUCGAAGACAGAGCCCAAUUGGAAGGAGCGACGAAAGUUUGAUGGUUUAGAUUAUGGCUUAGACCACCACCAGUUAACCGCCGAACAAUUGCAACAGCUACAGGAUGAGGCCGAUCCAAUGGAUUGGCAAACGGCUGCACUCUUCUUGGCUGUUUUGGCAUGUCUUUUAUUUUUCAUUGUAGCCGCUUGUAUUCUAGUACAUCAUAUGCGACAAUGGCGACGCAUGGAACGUAGAUUAGAUCAAGAUGUCGAAGAACUUUCAACAAAACUCAUGGCCAAAUUGGCCGAGGUACAAAGUUUAGAGGGUGGUACAUUCUUUAUUGGUAAUGCGGAUGCUUUAAGGAUACCAACGUCAACAGCAGCAUUGACAACAGCAACAACAUUUCAUCAACCACAACAUGUUAUGUUGCCAGAAAAAUCGGAUAAACAUCAACAAAGUCUACAACAUGAUCGUCGUUUAUUCACUAAUACAUCAACUUUAAAAUCUGGUAAUGUUUAUAUUGAGGAAAAUAGUUCAAAAUGUUAAAACAAAAGAUGGUGGCUGACUGACUGCCGAAAUGCCAGAGGCUGGCUAAAAAACCACAACCAAAAAAAAAAAUUUCAAACUUUUAAGCGAAACGACGAACUGGAACAUACUUAAAUUAACACAUUAAAAAAUUUACAACAAAAAAAAUAUAAUUCUUAUAAUUAAAAAAUUAAAAUAAAAUUUUACAAAAUUAACAAUAAUAUACAUUGUUUAAAACGAGUAUGUAUAAGAAGAAGAUGCAAAGUAAAAGAAAUGAAUGAAUAUCUUAACUAAAAAUGAGGGUCAGUUUUGCUUAAGUAAGGUUAAAUUUUAUUUGAAAAAAAUUAUUUUAUUGUAUAAAGUAAAACAAAAGUGUUUUUAAAUUUGGUCUUUUAAACUUAGUUUAAACCAUUUUGAGCUUAUAGUAGUUUAUGUAUAAAAACAAAUUUUAAGCUAAACUAAGUUUAAGUUAAACUGAGUUUAAAUUAAGUUGCUGGAUUUGUAUUUGAAAUUUGAUUACUUUUUAAGUUUAAACUGAUAGUAAAUUUAACUAACCUGAGUUUGAACCUAACGUUGUUUUAGUAAAAUACUAAAUUAUUAGCCAAACUAGGUUUAAGUUAAACUGAGUUUAAAUUAAAUUGCAUUUGACUAUAAAAAUAAGUUUUUUUUUGGAAAAAUGUUAAUUCAAUUAAGGUUUUUGAAUUUAAACUAAACUGAACAUAAUAUCGAUUAAAUGUUAAAACAGUUUUUAAUAUUGAGUUUUAACUAAGUUUAACUUAAACUAAAAUUAUGUUAAAAUGUAAAGCUUGCAAUAACAGAAUUAAGUUAAAACUUAUACUAAGAUUAAGAGCGUUUUGAAAAUUGUGCAUAUUCAAUUAAGCAAAGGUUAAACCUAGUUUAAUCUGAAUAACUUAAACAUAAUUUAAACUUAAUAAUACGUGUCUUGAAAGUAAAAACGAUUUAUUAGUUUUGGGCCCAUUGUUUCAAUCUUUGGUUAUUAUUUAAUCGGUAGAUCUUAUAUUAGUUUAAAUAACUUUUGUAUAAAAACUGUUAAUAUAUAGUUAAGUUAAAAAAUAACCAGAUAUUGAGAAAAUGGGGGAUAAUCUAACAUUCAAUUACAGGUUUAACUAAGCCCAGUUUAAUUCAAAGUUUAAACAGUUUUAACAAUUAAAGCAAAGAAGUUAUAUAUUAAAUGAGGUUUAAUUAAGCCAAAUCACUAUUUACACUUUUGAAUGUAUACGAAAAAAACUAUUGCUCCUAAGUUUUAAUUUAGAGGAAAAGAAAAGUAAAACUAAGUUUAUGUUAACUGACUUUAGUGUAAUAUGAGAAAAAAAAGCAAAAAAUUAUAGAUUUGUGUUGAAAUUUUAAAACACUGGCAUGUAAAUAUCUUAGAUCAAGUAAACGUAGUUUAUGUUUAACCGUUACAUUGAAUAAUAAUGUUGAGUAAAACUUAGUUUAAGUUAAACUGAGAAAUACAAUAAAUUUCUUUGAAUGUUUAAAAACUGACAUGUAAAUCCUAGAUCAAGUGAGCCGAACGUUAAAAACAAUACAAGGUUAACCAUAGUUUUAGGUUAUGAUCAAAUUUGCUUAACAUUUAAUCUAAAUAGUUUAGUAGGAUGGAACAGGUAAAACUAAGUUUAAGUUAAACUGAAAUCAAGUACGUAGAAAGUUAAACUAUAUCAAGUGAGCUGAAGGUUAAAACAAUACCAGGUUAAACAUAGUUUAAGUUGACGAGCAAAUUCGGUUAAAAUUUAAUCUAAAUAAUUUAGCAGGAAGAAACAGGUAAAACUAAGUUUAAGUUAAACUGAGUUAGGUAAAAUUAUUUAAAUGAAGAAACAAUUGUUUUAUUGAAAGUUUAAAAACUGAAAUGUAAUCCUAGAUCAAGUGCGUGGAAAGUUAAAACUAGGCAAGUUUAAACGUAGUUUAAUGAUAAAAAGUUAAAGUUUGUUAGAUAAGAUCUUGACUUUAACCGAUGGACUGUAACUAUAAUUCAGAAUAAAAACUUUAACUAUACUACGAGCAGUAGAUUAAAAACGUUUAAAAAGUUAGAAUGAAACUCAACUAAAUAAAUCGCUUCAGGUUUUGUUAAAAUAGAAUCCAAGUUUUUCGAGAAUUUAGUUCUAAAAUAUAAGUUUAAAUAUGUUUUAAUCUACUUGACUGUGUGUAUAAUUAUAAACUUUAUAUUUAAACCAGGUUUAGCAGUUAAAUUAUAGUUACAUUUGCUCUAACAGAUGGUGUUUCUUUUGUUUACUAAAAUAAGAUUAAACUAGGUUUAAAACGAUUUAAAUAUUUUAAACAAUACUGAGCUUUGCAAAAGUUAACUUAACCGUAGUUUAACUGAAAUAAAAAUUAUUUAGGUUUUCUUUAAAAAUUAAACCUAGUUUAAAAGAUAAAGUUUAUUAAGCAAUACAAGACAUUGUCCAAGGUUAAAUAUAAUUAACUCAAUUCUUGUUUAAAACAAUAUUAACUUAAUCUUAGUUUAAACGAAAAAAAGUAAAAUUAAACGUAAAGAAUUUUAUUAACAUAUUUUCUUAAAAAAAAAACUUUGAAAUAUUUUUAUAAGGUUUGAAUUUUCUCAGUUCUAGGUUUAAGCUUAGAACUACUAUAGAAAGAUUAACCUUAAAUAACUGAUUAAAUGGAGAAAUUAAAAUUAAACUAAAUUUUGAAAUAAAUAUUGCUUAAGAAUUAUUAAAGGCAAAAAUUUUAGAAAUUAUUAAAUUUAAACUAAGUUUUUUUCAAAGAUUAAGAAAUUAGAUUGCUGGAUGUUAAUUUAAACUAAGUUUAAAGAGAAAUGGACUAAAAGGAUUAUGAUUAACUAACAGAAAACAGUAGUGGUAUUUUCAUAAUGUAGUUUAAACAAUUUAAUGUUUAUAUUUAAAUUAAACUUGUAAUCUCUGAAACAAGGAAAAAAAACUUAAACUUGGUUAUAAUUAUAAAGGCUUAAAUUACUAAAUAUAUGUGUCUGUGGCAUAUAAAAAAUUGAUUUUUGGGAUUAGUGUAAGUAAGCAGGUUAUAAAUGUAAAAGUAAUUUAACUGAAAACUUCAAUUAACUUAAACUAGGUUUAACUAAGAGACAAAGCUUAAACUAUUUUAAAUGAAAUCGAAAAGUUUAAAGAAGUGUAAUAAGAAAAUAAAUCUUAAUUAAACUUUAAUUUAUUUACUAUAUUAACGAGAGGAAUGCGUUUUAAAUUUAAUCAAUAUGAUAAAAGUUUAAUAGGUAGUUAAAUUAGUUUCUUAAACUCAGUUAAAGUACAGUAAAAGGAAUUUUUAAAUGUCUAGAUCAUGAUAUGCUUAUUAGAAAAUAACUUAAAUUCUAUUUGAUUAACUUUGACUAAAACUUAUUUUUACUUAAUUCUAUAGUUUUACAAGCUCAGUUUAAACUAAGUUUAAAAUCAUAUGAAUUAAUUUGUAAAUAUCAAUUCCAAAACAUUAUAAAACAAACAUUAGUGUUAAACUUUUCUUAAUAACUUAAAUGAUAUACUUGUAAACUUAACCUUAAGCACUGUAAAACUGACCCUUGAAAAAACUUUCUUAAUUUAUUGUAUUAAAAUAAAUAAAUUUGUUGUCUUGUUGUAC